AGUGAGUAAAAGCCUGGGAAGCGCGUCAUUCCGAAUCUGUCUGCUACGCGAAGUGGUGUUACUCGAGCUCUCUCUUUGCAUAUUACUUCACUUUAGUCGACAGACUCGCCAUGUCCUUUUUCUCCCGGAUAAAGAAUUUCCGUCCCCUGCGCUCCCUAAGGGCCCAAGGUACCUCAUCCGCACCUUCCAUCGUAAGAUCCCAAACACCCUUCUACGAACUGGCAAAACCACAUCUACUCUUCCGACUAACACUGCCAUUCCUCGCCGCUGAUGCAAUUUGGACAUUGGGUGGAUGCGAGCUCAUUUGGAACCACUGGACUGAACCCGUCGAAAACGCCGAGGAAGGCUCUGAAGACCCUUCAGCCGGCCCACUCAAAUAUGCUCCGCGUCCGAUAUGGCAGCGCCUGGGACUGAUGACGAUGAUACUCACUUUUGGCGGUGCUUGGGCGCUCUUAAUCCUGAGGAACAGCGGCCGCAACGUCCGCAAGCUCUACAUCCUCCCUUCUCCCACCGCGCCCACUAACCCCAAAAGCAACACAAAAGGCCCCACCGGCUCUCGAGUGUUCAUACAGUGCUUCAACCAGUGGCGGUCGCGAGGACGGAUGUUCGAUGUACGGGAUUGCACGCUGUCGUCGAUACGGAACAGCAGGGACCUCGUGCUUAAGACUGGAAGAGUCAGUGGAAGGAAGGGAGAGUUUGCGCUCACGGCGGAAGGGGCGAGUAUGGAUGGGAAGUUUGUUUCGAUGGGGGCUUUCCGAAAUAAGACUAUGGCACAAUUCGGCUUGAAAGACGGAGGUUGGAAAAGCGGUCCUAUAUACAAUGGAAAGGAGCUCUGAUUCUUAUAUGAGGCGAUAAUCCAUAUACUCAUUUCUCAUGCUCUUAGACAAUAGCGAGCCCAGAACUUGAACUGCCCUUACCUAGCAAUGGGUGCGGCCAUAAAAAUCACGAUAACAUCUUUCCAAGCCCAUUCUCUUGGGAGAUUUAUCCACUGGCAUCGGCGUGUAUGAGUCAUCGUUUGAAAUGACCUUGCCUGUUUCCACACUCUGGAAGUUCGUUUACGAGCCGGUUAAACUUGUAUUUUUAUCAAUUCAAGUACCAUUUAUUAGACAACUGUUCAGUCCACAGAAUUAUUGAAGUUCGACGA